UGACCGGUCCCGCAGCGCUGUCAGGAUGACGUGACGUCAUUAGCGUGCGCCUCCGUAGCGUCAGUCCUAGGCUUUAGACGUCACUGUCCCGGUCACCUCUGUGUCCGAGUGUGUAGCCGACAUGUAUCGAGCGCUGAAUACGUGCACACAGCGGGGGUCACCCGCCCUUCGCAGGUUACUGAGCACCCUGGUCAUUGCGGAGCACGACAGCCAGCAGGUGACCCCGAUCACCCUGAGUGCGAUAUCUGCUGCAAAGAAGCUGGGAGGGGAUGUGAGCUGCCUGGUGGUCGGGACCGACUGCUCUAAGGUAGCGGAGCAGUUGGCAAAAGUUCAGGGAAUUUCCAAACUGUAUGUUGCUCAGCAUGAAGCAUACAAGGGUUUUCUGCCAGAGGAGCUGACUCCCUUAAUUUUGGAAGCCCAGAAGCAGUUCAGUUUCACUCACAUCUGUGCGGGGGCAUCUGCCUUUGGAAAGAGUCUUCUGCCCAGAGUAGCAGCAAAGCUUGACGUAGCCCCCGUGUCAGAUAUAAUAGACAUUAAGUCACCUGAUACAUUUGUAAGGACGAUCUAUGCUGGAAAUGCCCUGUGCACUGUAAAGUGUGAUGAAACCGUGAAGGUCCUGUCUUUCAGAGGGACGUCUUUUGAAGGGGCUUCGAGCUCAGGAGGCAAUGCAAGUGUGGAUAAUAUAACUCCUCCUGCACCAGUUGGCAAAUCUGAGUGGUUACAGCAGAGCUUGACCAAAAGUGACCGUCCAGAACUGACCAGUGCAAAGGUUGUCAUCUCCGGAGGUCGAGGACUGAAGAAUGGAGAGAACUUUAAAUUGCUCUAUGAUCUGGCAGAUCAGCUUCAUGCUGCAGUGGGCGCCUCUCGGGCAGCUGUAGAUGCUGGUUUUGUGCCCAACGACAUGCAGGUUGGACAGACUGGAAAAAUUGUUGCACCUGAAUUGUAUAUUGCUGUUGGGAUCUCUGGAGCCAUCCAACACUUGGCAGGAAUGAAGGACAGUAAGACCAUUGUUGCCAUAAACAAAGAUCCAGAGGCCCCGAUAUUCCAGGUCUCAGACUAUGGCUUGGUGGCAGAUUUAUUCAAGGCAGUACCAGAAAUGACUGAACUACUAAAGAAAAAAUAAAGGCUGCCUAAUGGAAAUACCUGCUGCUUCCAGGAAAUUUGCCUUGUAAUUAAUUCUAUAAGUAAAUAUGGAUAGAACAUCACAAAACACUGUAUAAAAUUUGUAUACUUUUUUUAAAUUUUAUUAGCAGUGUUAAAAAAAAAUAUAAAUGUUACUAUUUUAUUAAACUCCAAUGCUGACA